AUGCCUAGAGCCAAUUUUCUACAGGCCCUGUAUGAUACGGCCGAUGACUGCUUUGCAAACAUAAAUGCGUGUAAUUUUGUCACCACGCAUGUUGACGAUAUCCGAAAAUCACUCGAGGACAGUUUGGACAGGGUGUUAGAAGAUCGUGGCAUUGACAUGAUGCAAUUUAGCGAGCUAAACGACGCUUUUCAACAGGCACAAAAAAAAUGGCGCACCAAGGCCAAGAAUACUGUCGCCGCUGCCACUCAGGAAUUAUUUGACGUGUUCGAAAUGGGCGGUACGAUCAAGCCAAGCAUCCCCAACCUCGAAAGUGCAAUCAAGACCUUGGCAAUUCUGAUCAGUCCUGAUAAUCCGAAACUCAAGAUUACGUACCGUGACCAGAUGAAAAACGACCCCAGGGGUCCAAAGGCCUGUCGUGAUAACUUGAGUGUUGCCCUUAUGACUCUCCGAGAAUCUUUGCUGAGACUUUGGUCAUUGGUUAAAAGGUACAAUUUUGCAGGCAAACUAAUCGGACCCAAACUCGAGCGACUGGUCGAUUUGCGCGACAUUCCACGUACACAAGAGACCACCUGGUUAAUUAGGGGUAUCAGGGAAAUACGAUUGGAUGGCGAACGUGAGGCGCUAGACCAUGCCGAACGUAUGGAGAGAAUGCGAGAAGUUGAGCGUGCAUACGAAGAGAGACUUCGGAAGGUGAUUGGUGUUGACGCUACGGAUGAAAAUGGAAAUUAUUUUGUGGACCUUACAGGCAUGAAAGACACCGUGCCACUGCUAGUGGGACACGAUGUAUCCGAACCCGCCAACCCGCUUUACCAGGAGUGGCAGCGUGUUAACCGGAAGCGGGGCAAGCGAAACCAAGACUCGCUCAGGUGGUCCGACUUUAAGCGACAGAAGAAGGAGCGGGCUAGCAUUCAAGCAAUUGAGUUGAGUGACUAG